CUGAACACGAUAAAAUUAGUCUCCUUCGCGUUUUCAAUCCUGACUCUGAAUAAGACAGAAGAAAGCAAAGACAAGGCAGAAAUUAAGUGGUGCAGUUACCACAAUGACACGGCAAGGCUCUGCCCAGGGAGGCGCUGGGGUCACUGUCCCUGUUUGAGGAAAGGCCGGACAUGGCACUCAGCGCCACGGGCUGGUGACACGGUGCUGCCCGGCCACAGGCUGGCCUCGCUGAUCUCACAGGCCUUUCCCAACCUCAUCGAUCCGCUGAAAUCAAGAAUUUGGCUGCCGGGGCAGCCUGACCAACGGGGCUCACGGCAAGCGGCCAGUCAAGGCGGAAACGGGAAGAGGAACCGUGGGGAGGAUCCCGAGGAGGAGCCGGGAGGAGGAACCAGGGGGAGGAUCCCGAGGAGGAACCAGGGGGAGGAUCCCGAGGAGGAACCGGGAGGAGGAACCAGGGGGAGGAUCCCCAGAAGGAACCAGGGGGAGGAUCCCGAGGAGGAAGCGUGAGGCGGGAGCUGAGAACGGCAAGGCCGCCAUGGAGGUGCUUGCGGCAGCGCCCGUGGCCAUCGCCGUGGCCGUGGUGGCGGCGUCCGCCCUGCUGCUGCUGCUGCUGCGCGGGCCGGCGCGGAGGCCGAGCGGGCCCGUCACGCUGCAGGACCCGCUGGCCAAGUACCCGCUGCGGCUGCUGGACAAGGAGGAAAUCAGUCAUGAUACUAAGAAAUUCAGAUUCGGGCUACCCUCAAUGAAUCAUGUAUUAGGAUUACCUGUAGGCCAGCAUGUUUACCUUUCUGCAAAAAUUGAUGGGAGUCUGGUGAUUCGAGCCUAUACCCCUGUUUCCAGUGAUGAGACAAAAGGUUAUGUUGAUUUAAUUAUAAAGGUCUACCACAAAAAUGUGAACCCCAAGUUUCCAGAAGGUGGGAAGAUGUCCCAGUAUCUAGAUAACAUGAAGAUUGGAGAUACCAUUGAUUUCAGAGGGCCAAAUGGACUGCUGGUCUACAAGGGGACAGGUACCUUUCUUAUCAAGCCUAAUAAGAAGUCUGAAGCAGAGAAGAAGUUUGCAAAGCACCUUGGGAUGAUAGCUGGAGGAACAGGAAUAACUCCUAUGCUGCAGCUGAUCCGUCAGAUCACAAAUGAUCCUAAGGACUCCACAAAAUGUUACCUCCUUUUUGCUAAUCAGACAGAAAAUGACAUACUGCUGAGAGCUGAGCUAGAAGACAUUGCCAAGAGGCAUCCUGAGCAGUUUGUGCUGUGGUACACACUGGACAGACCUCCAAAAGACUGGAAGUACAGCUCUGGCUUUGUCACUGCAGACAUGCUGAAAGCCCACUUGCCUCCCCCUGACAGUGAGACCCUCAUUCUCAUGUGUGGGCCACCACCAAUGAUUCAGUUUGCCUGUCAGCCCAACCUGGACAAGCUUGGCUAUCCCAAGAGCUGUACAUUUGCUUAUUAACAUUGAUGUCACCUGGUAAAACCUUUUCUGGAAGUACUGCAUUUUUCCUACAGGAGCAGUUGAUGUGCAACUGUGCAGCAUGUGUGUGAGUGUGUGGUUUUUAACCCCUAUCUGUGGUCUGUAACUUCAUAAUUUCUGAGGUCCAUAACUUCAUAAUCACCUUGUGUGUUUUAACACUAAGAAGUUGAGAAAUCAUCUUCAAUUGUGUGUGAGUUACUUAAUCUGACCUCUGAAAUUAGUAUAAAACAUUAAUUCUGAGGGGAAAAAAAUGAAGGUGAGAGGUCAUCCACAUGAAAUUGUGUUAAAUCAUUCCAUGGUCAGCAAGAGAGAGGGAAACAUUCAGAAUUUAUUCAUAACAGUCAAAAAAUUUAUACCAGUGUUGUGCUAAUCAAUAUUUCUUCCUACGUAUAUUUAAAAGAAGAACCAGUUGUUUUGUGGAUUGACUAUUCACAGCCAGGUUAGCACAGUGACACACUGAGUUGUAAAUACAGCAUUGAAGGAAAUAGGAAAUAGUGUGUUUGGAAUAUCCCAGGGCUGCUGGAGCAGCCAGUCCCAUUUGCAGUGCUGUAAUGAGUCUGAUGGCUGAUUGACCUGACAAAGGAUUUCAAAUGCCUGUGGUACUGACUGCAUUGCCAGACAGGUACAUUUAAUACCUUUUAUUAAACAUUAAACAGCACUAGUUUACUGAUGCCUAGACUUAUUUCUCAUUCUUCUGAAUUCCCCUUUUUUUGCAGUUUGCAGUGAUUGAAAAGAAUUUGCCUUGAUUUAACCACUGUGAAAAAUGAAAUCAUGUGUUUAUCUUCUUACACCUGACCAUACAGUGUAGGGUCUGUCAUGAGAGAAUGGUAAAGUGAGGACCAGGAUGGAUCACCUGUAAAAAUCACCCCAGGUAGUUCUCAAAGAGCCCUUGCUGCAUCCUGUGGCCAGCCCUGGAGCUUCCCUCUUGGUUUGGGAGGGUUGUGACCUGCCCUCAGAAUCUAAAGCAGCACCUGCAGCCAGCAAGGAGAGAGUAAUGCAAACAGCUCUGUACAAACUACUUUUCCUUACAGUUAAGGAGAGUUUUUUCUGGCAUUUCUCUGUUUACCAAGAGAGCUUGUUAAUAUCUCAUUAACACAGGAGAUGUACAUGUAAACAGAUGCUACAAGUAAUUGCUGCUGUAAAGGUGACAGCUUCACCCUCAGCCCCUCAGAAAGUGAGAGGCCAUAUUUCCCUCUGAUGCAGUCCUGUCUAGCCCAGUACAACAGCAGCAGAUUUAUUUUGUCAGGUGUUUCAAAGAAAAUAAAUCUUUGUUUUAUUCUGGUACUUUCCUGGUAGUCUCAGAGCUCCAAUUUCCUGCUGCAGUUGUUUUUGCCUUAGGUAAAGAUUUGUGAACAUGGCAGCUUGUCAUUCUAAUAAAAGCAAGGAUUUGAUGGACAGUAUUCUGUUCCAUUCUUCCAAUCCUACAGUGCUCUGACUUGGAUAAAAAGAGGGCAGGACAGGUGCCAGUGGAAGGGAGGAGAGAUGAAAAUCCUCCACAGGAGUGGUGAGUGAGCCAUUGCUGCUGCUCUCACCAGCACCCAGCUGAAUUCCAGGUAGCUCUGGUUAGCCCCCGUGGUACAAUUAUAUGUUAAUGAUUCCUGCACUGCAAGGUAACUAUAAAAAUAAAAAAUUACAAAAGGUCUUCCAUGUAACAGUACAUCAACAUAGCAUGUAACAGGCAACUGAAUAAAAGGACAAAACAUUGCCAGACUCUGGACAUGAGUCCCACUCCUCUCCCAGCACCUGUUUCCUACUGCAUGAUGUGGGAAAACAGCACAGAGGAGUUACCUGUAAUGUGUGGCUACAAUGACAACAGGAAUUGCUACGUGGGAGGUGGCAGAGGCAGAGAAGAGGUAAAACUUUCCUGCUCCAGGCCCCCAGCUGCUCCUGGCUGCUCCUGCAGGCAUGAGGUACAAGUGGUGUUCUUGGUCAUGCUGGAGCAUCAUCUCCAGUCUUCAAAGGUGGGUGUUAAAAACCUGCUGUCGUUGAGCAUUUCAUCCUGGCUCAGCAGUGUCUGAAAGAACAAGGGGGGAAGGACUGAGGGUGUUUGGUGAGAGGCUCUCAGAGAGCCAGCUGCAAUGAGCUCAGGCUCACAAGGUGGGAGCCACACACCCUCACACAAUCAAAGGGAAUUUCUUCAAUAACCUUUAAAUAAACUUUUUUUGCUUGAGGAAAUUCUUAAAGAUUUUUUUGUAUGGCAUGCAACUCAACUACAUUCCAUAAUUCUUCAUUAUGUCUUUCAGUCACUUGUUUUUAUUUUUAAGUAAAUCAGCUUCUGUGGAAUGAGGAAGCAAAAGUGAGCUGUUUUGUUUUGCACAGAGUUUUAGCUCAUGUAAGUUUUCAAAAGUCUGUACCCCAUUCCUGGCUGCUGUGACUGAGGUGGUGGUUACCUGCAAAAUCUUUGAAGAAGUGUUUUCGUUAAAGGGGAUGAACAUCUGUCAUUUUGUCAAAGAGACAGCAGAAUUCAUGACAAAUUAGAGAGGCCUUAAUGAAGCUCAGAGUUUAAAAGCAGGGGGGUUUUAUGACUGAAUGUCCCCCAGGCUGUAAAGAGAUAUUGAUAAGAACAGGCCCACUUACUCUUCAUUAGCAGCAGCAAUGACCAAUUUUCAGAGUUUUGGCAGAACACAUUUGUGACUUUGGAACAAGAGAGGAAUGAGUACGUACCGUGAGCUGGGUUAUGCCUUGGGAAAGAGCCCCUAUUUGCAUUACUGUGCCUUCUGAGUGCUCCAUCUGUAAAAGCAGUCAGCAACUAGUUCAAAUCAGACAGCAUGUGCAAUUUUAUUCACUCUACAUGCAGCUUUGGGAGGGAUCUGUGCUGGACAAAUGAAGUUGGAGUCAAGUUUAAAAGCUCCUUCACAAAAAUGCGUGAAAAGGCAUGAUUGGAAAGGAACAAGCUUAACUGAUACUAUCAAUGAAAAGUAAUACUUUCUAAGUGGUCUAACACAGAUUUCUGGUAGGUUCUUUCACAGGCAAGAUGCCUUUGAUACAGUCCUACCUCUUUUUCUGACACAGAAAUGUCCCCAGUUCUAGGGCAUUGUGAUUUCCUGCGUGGGCCACAUGCUCAGAAGUCAUGCUUAAAUAGACAGACCAUGCUCCUAGAGAAAAAUCCAUUCUUUCUGUCAUGCUUGAACAACUGCACAGUGCAAGUUCUUGGCUCCAAGUUAGUGCAUUCCCUCACAACUCUCAGCUGAGCAAGUGGACAUCCACACACAGUCUGGGUUUGGAUUCUCAUUGGAAAGGACCAUGGUGAGCCAGUGAACACAAAUGAGAUGUUAGAUGCACUAAACCAUGCAAAUGAAAAGAUUACCUUUGCAGUUAGUCUUUUCAAUGUUGUGACCAUUCUCUUAGCAGGCUGAAACUUUUAAUGUCAGCCAGUUUGCUCCAGCUGCCUCUGUGUUGCUCUUGUGUGCUGCCAAAGUUCACACAAGGCUCCAGGAGCGCUCCGUUUUUCAGGGUUUACAUCCCUUUACACAACAGCAAAGUUGAAAUAAAAUUUGAUGGUUUUUAGGCUUCAUCAUUUCUCUGUAUGCUGUCUAGACAGUUUCACAAGUUCACCACUACAUUACAAAAGUGAAUUAACUAUUGGUUUAUUAAUAAUUUGUUCAUUGCUGAUGCAUUGUCUUCACAUAUAUUGUCUAAGCAGAACUACUCCCCACUGUACACCAUGAAAGAAAAAUUCAGUUGGAUUCUCUCAUUACUGUCUGUUAAAAAAUACAAUCCAGUUGUACUUUUAUAUACCUUUGUACAAGUUUGUCCAAAUGAAUUCAUUACAUUAAAAAACACCCAUAAUGAUAACAAAAAAAAUAGUGUGCCAUACUAAAAUUAUGAAAGCUAGAAGUACAAAAGUCUUGUGUUUACUCCACCCACACCCUUGACUGACAAAAUACCUCGAUCUUCAGAGUGUAAAGGUGUCACAGUCCUGAAAAAGGGCUUGAGGAUGGAUGAGUUUAUGAGGAUGUUGAUUAAAAAAAAAAACAA